CCUUCCCCCGUUGAUCCCGAAGCCCAGCCCCGCCCCUCAGGGUGCGCAUGCGGAGUGAGGUCACUGGAACGUGGACGGCCGUUGGACGGGAUCGGCGGCGCGCUAUUUGAAAACAAAGGAGUCGUUGGCGUGUGGCGCGCAGGGUCGGGUGUAGCUGGAAACGCGUUCUUGUCCGGUCUGUGGCAGCCUGUGUGGGACCCUCAUCGCUUCUUGCUUGUACCAUCUCAUCCGACCUCAGGGACAAGGCUAUAAAGGAAAGCAAAUGGCAACAGGACUAAUUUCUCCAAAUGUACUUUCCGAUGAUGAUGAGGUUGGCGUUUGGGAAUCAACUGCUGUUGAUACGUUAAAUGGGGCCAUUGUGAAAAAACAAUUGUUGCCAGAACUCUCUGCCAUUUCACCUGGCACCAUCACACCAAAAAGCGAUGAUGCAGGGCGAGCCCCUGUAGAGAUGGUUCCAGAAGAUAGAGUGAAGGUUUAUCUCCGGGUUAGACCAUUCACAGAGUCUGAGCUCGAGAAAGGAGAAUCGCAGGAUUGUGUUCUCAUUGAGGGUUUCGAAACGCUUUUACUGCGAGCUCCCAAAGACUCAUUCGCCAUGCGGAGCUCAGAGCGAGGAAUUGGCCAGGCUGUACAUAAAUUCACCUUCUCUCAGAUAUUUCCCCCUGAGACAAACCAGAAAAUAGUCUUUGAUGUUGUCAUGAAGAACUUGGUAAAGGAAGCACUGGAGGGACAGAAUCGUUUGGUUUAUACCUAUGGUGUAACAAACUCUGGCAAAACAUAUACCAUUCAAGGCAGUAGGCGUGAGAAUGGAAUACUCCCUCGAUCGUUGGCCAUGGUAUUCAACAGCAUCCAGGGAAAACUAUAUCCCAGGAUGGACCUGAAGCCUAACCUGUGUAAUGAUGUAAUUAAGCUGGAUAACAAGAUGGUGAGACAAGAAGAGCUGAAAAAAGUUUCAUUACUUGGUGGUGCCAGAGAGGAGGAUCUGCACACUCCAAUGAAGAAGAACAUGAGCACAGAGUUUACACUGAGGGCAGCUCUCAGCUGUGAUUCUGAUAGUGGCAUUGGGGGCAUGUCCUCUGCCAGUAAUUUGGAAGAGUCUGCAUCCCGCUGGGCUGAUCAUGAUACAGUUAUUCUUCGUCAGGAGCAGAAUAAACACUAUUCUAUUUGGGUCUCCUUCUUUGAGAUUUACAAUGAGCUCAUCUAUGACUUGCUGGACACUAGUCCCACUGUGAAUGGCAAACGACAAACCUUAAAGCUAUGUGAGGAUAAGAAUGGAAAUAGCUAUGUAAAAGAUCUCACCUGGAUCAAUGUGAUGGAUGCAGAAGAAGCCUGGAAAAUACUGAAAGUUGGGCGUAAAAACCAAAGCAUAUCCAGCACGCACAUAAACCUAAACUCCAGCAGGAGCCACAGUAUCUUCUCCAUUCGGAUCCUGCACGUGUCUGAAGAUUGGAAGGCUGUUCUUAAAACCAGCGAAUUAAUUUUGUGUGACCUGGCGGGUUCAGAGCGCUGCAAAGAACAGAAAUGUGGUGACAGGAUGAAGGAGGCAACUAAUAUUAACACUUCUCUGCACACACUAGGCAGAUGCAUCCGUGCCCUUCGCCAGAACCAGCAUAACAAGUCAAAGCCUAAUGUGGUGCCUUUCCGGGAUAGUAAAUUGACUCGUGUGUUCCAGGGGUUUUUUUCUAACCACGGGAUGUCUUGUAUGAUUGUGAACAUUAACCAGUGUGCAUCCAUGUAUGACGAAACCUUGCAGGUCAUGAAAUUUUCUGCUGUUGCUAGCCAGCUGAUACAAGCACCUUCAUCCAAGCUGUUUCCUUCCUUCCGCUCACUACUGCGUGAACAUGAUGGCUGGAAUAACUGCAAUGCUCAAACACCUCUUGAAGAACAGGAGGAAUUAGAUGAAGAGGAUGACAGUGAAGAUGAGACUGAUAUCAGUACGCUGGAUAAGGAGUCAUUGCAGAAAAUUAUUGAGAGCCUGCAGCAACACCUGAUUAAGGAGAAGCAAGACAAGCUGAUAAUGGAGAGCGAAAUCAGGCAAAGUGUUGUCAGUGAGAUGAUGGAACAAUACAACAUCAUGGAAAGACACUGGAGAGAGCAGCUUGAGGAGCAAAAGGAUCGCUUAGAAGAUGCCUUUGAAGCAAAGAUGAAAAACUACCAAGAAUAUGUGAAAAUCUAUUAUCAGUUAUCCUCUGAAGAGGUUUCCGAUGAUUCUGGUGAUGAAAUGAGUGAGGGUAAAGCAAUGUCACAGAAAAUCAGAGAACUAGAAGCAACUAUACAUCAGUUGAAGGCAGAGAGGAAGUCUACCAGCCAGUCAACAAGGCAAUCUACUCGCUUGGCCAAUACGAAGCUCACUGAUGAACUGCACAAUCUCAAACUGGAACUGGCAAAUGUGAAAACUGAGCUGGAGCAAAGCAAAGCACAGGCAGCAUUCAGUGCAGAAGAGUUGAAGCGAUACAAGGACAUGAUUGAGCUUCCAGCUGGAAUGAAACAUCUCACUGUUGAUGCUGACCGGAAGAUAGAAGCAGGGCAGAGAAAUGCAAAGCUGCUGCAGAAUGAGCUGCAGAAAAUAGGCCAGGCUUUGCAGAUAUCAGAAAGAGCAUGUUGUCAUAACACUGCAGCUGAAAACCUACGGCGCACUCUAGCCAAAUGUGAAGACCUAAUAGUAAAACAGGAUCAAACGUUGGCAGAUCUGCAGAAGCUGCUUAUUUUGGUAAAGUUGGAUCUGAAGAAAAAAAACGCAUGCAUCGCGGAGCAGUACCAUACAGUCCGCCAACUUCAGGCAGGUCCCGGCUGCAAUAAACGACGCUGUGCUGGCAAUAUUGAAAAUCAGCCACCUCCAGGGAAAAAGCCAUUUCUAACUGGUCUCUUGACCCCACUGAGGCUUGCCCAACAGCAGGGAGGUAGCACUCCCUCCAGUUAUAUUUUGCGAUCUCGGGCCAGAAUGGAUAAGGCAUUGCAUCUCUCUAGUGCAAAAUAUCAAUAAACGAUUAAGCCUUGGGGGUUUUGUAGAUAAUUUUUUUUAUUUUUAAAAUGCAUUUGGAAAUUAGGUUAAAUCUAAAAAAAUUACAUGACAACUUCAGUGUUUUGCUCUUUUUUUAAUAACCCUUUAAUUCUUCUGCAAAGAUUUGUAUGAAAUUAGGAACAGUACAUUUGGGAGAUUUGUGCCAGAAGUUAUGAUGUGUGCUUACUUUUGUAAGUAUUUUGUAUAUUAUGUUGCUCAGAAUCCAGUUUUCAAACUUUGGCCAGUAUUUGUUCAGAUAUGGUUUGGAGUUCUGCUCCACAAGUUAAUGAAUAAGGAAUUAUCUUAAUGUUAGAUUUUUUUUUUUAAACAGGGGUGGUGUAUAGAGAUUAUCUUCAAAUAUUCUGACAGAUUAAGGUUACUAUUUUUAAGUAUUAAGAUUUAGAAUUUUUUCUUUUUGCCCUGACGUUUUUGUACAGAUUGAGGGCUUUGAAUAGAUAAAACUUUCCCUCUGUAUUAUGUUAUAUCUGCUUUGUGGAAAUAAGUAAGCUCGUUAACCCUAUUUCCUUAAGCUUGUAUAAUUGCUACUAUGAGUAUAACUAACCAAACUUUCAA